CACCAUAGAAGGUAUAGGAAACAGAGUGAAAGGUUACAACGUCAUACAGACUAGGCUUAACCAUUAUUUCGGCUCGCAAUGUGGAUAUUGCAGUCCUGGGUUCGUUAUGAGUAUGUAUAGCUUGAUACAAAGUUCAGAACAUCAUUUAUCUGAAGAAGACAUCGAAAAAUCAUUCGGCAGCAACCUAUGCAGGUGUACAGGCUACAGACCCAUUCUAGAGGCCUUCAAGUCCUUUGCAGUGGACCCUGACCCGAAGAUAUUGAACAAGAUUAAAGAUAUUGAAGACAUUGAUAAUUUACUUUGUCCAAAAUCAGGGAAAAAGUGUGGUGGAACCUGCGAUGAUGAUGAACAAGAAUGGUGUUUAAUAAAUGCAAAUACGACGAGCAUUGAUGAUUCGGUGACCAAGAAGAUAUUGAUUGCUGAUGAUAAAGUGUGGUUCAGAGUUAACACUAUUAAAGCAAUAUUUUCAGCGCUUGAUGACGUUCAGGGGUAUGAUAACUACAUGUUAAUUGCGGGGAAUACUUCUAGAGGAGCUUACCCAAUAAAAUAUUUCCCCAAAGUUCUGAUCGAUAUAAGUGGUGUGGCCGAAUUACGCGCGCACUAUCUGGACGUGAACUUAGUUCUUGGGGCGAACACAAGCCUAACCGACACAUUAAACUUAUUCAACGUAUUAAGCAAGACCAAUGAUGAUUUCUGGUACUUGGAAGUUUUGAAGAAACAUCUGGAAGUGGUUGCUCAUAUACCAGUGAGAAACAUUGGCACUCUAGCCGGGAAUCUUAUACUGAAACAUGAGCAUCCAGAUUUUCAGUCAGAUAUUUUUCUUCUGUUUUCGUGUGUUGGAGCAAUUAUUACACUAGUGGACCAUAGAAUGCAGCAGACAGAAAUGGGUCUUCCUGAAUUUCUGACCACAAAUAUAGUGGGCAAAGUAAUGACAACGAUUAAAUUACCACCGUUGUCCAGAAACUACAGGAUAGUUACAUACAAGAUAAGACCAAAAGCCCAAAACGCGCACGCGGAAGUCAACGGAGCUUUCCUCUUCAGAUUCGACCCCAAACACCACAGAAUCAUCACCGCUUCCAUCGUCUACGGGGGUAUAAACCCUUCCUUUACCCACGCGUAUAAUACAGAGCAGUUCUUGAUCGGACGGGAUCUUUUCACGAAUGAGACAUUGCAAGGGACCCUGCAUUGUUUGGAGAAGGAGGUGGAUCCGGACUUUAAUCCGCCGGAGCCAAGCCCGCGUUAUAGGAAGAAAGUGGCUUUAGCUUUAUUCUACAAGUGCGUCAUUAACCUGUGUCCACGUGAAAUCCUAAACCCGAUAUACGCAUCAGGAGCAACCCUCUCUUAUGACGACAGACCACCUAUCAGCCGGAGCUAUCAGGAGUACGACUCAAACAAAGCUGACUACCCUAUAACCCAGCCGCUUUUGAAAAAGGAGGGUCUCAUCCAAUGCGCUGGAGAAGCCAAGUAUAAUGAUGACAUCCCGACUAUAGCUGAAGAGGUGUUUGCUUCGUUUGUUAUGGCUACGAUUGUUCGGGGGGAAAUAGAGUCUAUUGACUUCAGCGAUGUCCUCAAAAUCGACGGCAUCAUUACUGUCCUCACCUCCAAAGAUAUACCAGGAAUAAAUACGCUCGGUCGCGGAGACCAACCAAUUAUCCCUGAAGAUGAAGAACUCUUGGCAAGCGACAAAAUAUUCUACUACAACCAGCCUGUGGCUUUAGUCGUUGCUGAAACUCAAGUCUUGGCAGACAAAGUGGCAUGUCUCGUAAAGGUGAACUACAAGAACAUAUCCAAAAAACCGAUUAUCUUCACAAUACAGGACGCCAUUAAAGCGCCUGCUUUCGAAAACAGAUUAGUAUCUUAUCCUGGCAUGGAGCCCACAGACCGAGGGGUUAACGUGCAAAGGGUGGUCAAAGGGCAGUUCUAUUCUCCGCGCCAGUACCACCACACGAUGGAGCUCCAUACGACGGUGACCAGGCCUGUGGACAAUGGCUACGAAGUGGACUGUUCGGCGCAGUGGCUAGGAGUCACUCAGGCAGGAAUCGCGUUGUUGUUGGAUAUACCUUAUAAUGCUGUUAUCGUCCGAACGAGACGCUGUGGGGGUGCAUUUGGCUGCAAGAUCUUCAGGCACAUGUUCGCUGCCACGGCCACGGCUCUAGUGGCCUACAAACUCAACAGGCCUUGCCGAAUGGCCAUGAGGAUGCCAGAUAUUAUGAGGAUUAUUGGAAAGAGACCGGACACUAGACUAGAUUAUGAGGUGGGUGUAGACGGAAACGGACAAAUCCAAUAUAUGGAAGCGACCUUCUACACCAACGACGGCAGGAGUUCCAAUGAGAAUGAGAACUCGUACGCAAUCAGAUCCCUGAAGAACUGCUACAACCCCGACCGUUGGAGAGUGGAGUCGUUCGGCGUCAUCACGGAUGCGCCGACCAACUGUUUUAUGAGGGCUCCAGGAGAUUUUGAAGGCAUCUCAGGAAUUGAACAUAUCAUGGAACACAUAGCGGAUGAAUUGAAAAGAGAUCCUAUACAAGUUCGAUUUGCCAACUAUAGAACCAAUGACAACCAGCUUCCCGACUAUAUCUCUAUGUUUUUAGAUAAAUCCGAUUUUAAUAAAAGACUAGAGUAUAUCAAGGAAUUUAACGCUAAAAAUCGCUGGAAGAAACGAGGUUUAAGACUAUCCAAUAUGUCUUAUGAAGCGAAAUAUUUAGGAAACUAUUCAGCAGUCGUUUCAGUAUAUCAUGGAGAUGGAAGCGUUGUUAUAAACGCAGGUGGAGUGGAAAUCGGACAAGGUAUCAAUACAAAAAUAGCACAAGUAGCCGCUUUCGAGUUUAAAAUACCUGUAGAAAAGGUCGCAGUGCUACCUUCUUAUGAUUUUGCGACUCCCAAUUGUUAUUCUACGGGAUCUAGUAUAACGAUUGAAUGUGUCGCUUUGUGCGUCAUCAGAAGUUGUGAGCAGAUCAAGGCCAGGCUAGCCCCAGUAAGGGCUGCUAUGCCGAAUGCUACUUGGGAAGAAGUGGUCAUGGAAGCUGAUGUAAGAGGGAUACUUUUACAAGCCAAUGCAGAAACGAGUCCGAACGAUCCGCGUUUGAAGAAUUACCCGAUUUUUGGUGUCGCUGCGACUGAAGUGGAGGUAGACGUAUUGACGGGAACGAAAUAUAUUGUUCGCGGUGAUAUUUUUGAAGACGUUGGUCGCAGCAUUAAUCCUGCUUUAGACGUGGGACAGGUAGAAGGAGCCUUUGUCCAAGGCCUGUCUCUGUGGCUGAUGGAAGAGGUCAUCUAUAGCCACCACAAAGGGGAGAUAUACACGGAUCGCACGUGGAAUUAUCACAUCAUGGGCGCCAAGGACAUUCCGAACGAUUACAGGGUUUAUUUCAGUAGAAACCGGCCUAAUCCAGUGGGAAUAUUGGGGUCUAAAGCGACAGGCGAACCUCCAACCAGCUUGAGCCGUUGCGUGGUGGACUCUAUGAGACAAGCUAUCCAAGCCUCCAGACGGGAUAGCGGAUAUGACACCAAUCAUUUUCUCAAUGUUGAUGUUCCAGUUACCAAUGAGAGUGUUGUUGCCGCUGCAGAGGUUAAAAUAAGCGAGUUUCUAUUGUAUUAACCAUAACAAUAAAUAGCUCGAAUAAAGAAGUAUCUUAUCUUA